UGGGCGUAUUUCAAUUUAUGUUGUACAUAAGUUUUAUUUUGCGGGCUGCAUGAUCGUGACUCGUCGCUUGAGCUGCGGCUGACACGCUCCUAGGCCUGCUACAUUUUGGCCAAUCGAUGUGCGUCCGCUUCUACCGCUGCUUUUGCCAUUGUCUAAAUGUAUAAACACCGUUGAAUUAUUUCGACGUAUUUUCAUAUUUUCAAACGGAACUUGGUACUUUUUGAAUCGAGCGGCACGACUCCAAAUCGAACGCUAACGAAACGCAAAAUUACCGUUGAAUAAAUUGGGAUUCGAGUCAUCACGAUUCGACGUCACUUUGAAAAGUCCACGAUCGCGUGUUUACAGCCAAGGCGCAGUGGACGUAAGCAGAAGAAAUGGAUUUUAAAUGGCAGUCUGAAAAAUCAUAAAAAUGGAAAGGUACGAAAACAUUGAAGUGGUUGGAGAAGGCAGCUACGGUAUAGUAAUGAAAUGUCGGCACAAAGAGACUGGCCAGAUAGUGGCGAUAAAAAAAUUUCUCGAGUCCGUAGAAAAUAUUCAUGUAAGAAAACUGGCCUUUCGAGAAAUACGAAUGCUGAAGAGAUUGAGACACGAAAAUCUCGUGAGUUUGAUCGAAGUUUUCAAGCGGAAGAAGCGCUUUUACCUCGUCUUCGAAUACUUGGAUCAUACGAUAUUAGAAGAGCUGGAGGCUGUGGGUGGUGGUCUCGGCUUCGAGUUGUCUCGUCGGCACAUUUUUCAGGUUCUACGAGGCUUGAAUUUCUGCCACCACAAUAACAUAAUGCAUCGCGACAUCAAGCCGGAAAACGUUCUGGUCUCGUCGCACGGGGUAGUCAAGCUGUGCGACUUUGGCUUCGCACGGAUUUCGGGGCCGAACGAGUCGUGCACGGAUUACGUGGCGACCAGGUGGUACCGGGCGCCGGAACUCCUCGUCGGCGACGCUCGUUACGGCCGAGCCGUCGACACUUGGGCGGCUGGCUGCCUCUACGCCGAGAUGCUGACGGGCGAGCCACUGUUUCCCGGUGACAGCGACGUCGAUCAACUCUUCCGGAUCACCAGGCUCAUGGGUGGUCUCUGCCACAGGCAUCAAAGCCUGCUGAACCGCAACAGCAGCCACGGUCGGAGCUUGCGCAAGGCCAGCGUGGAGAGUCUGUCGUAUCGACACGCCACCCUGACGAACUUGAACGGGCCGUCGGCUGCCUCGGCUCGGGGCCCCAGCGGAGGCCUCCGAUCGCUGCGCAAUCAUCUGCCCUGCUGCAGCUCCAGCGGCCUGGACUUUCUGUCGCAGUGCCUGCGAAUGGACCCGGACACGAGGCCCAACUGCGCCCAACUGCUGCAGCAUCCGCUCUUCAUGCAGGACAACUUCGCCGAGCGCUUCCUCGUCGAGCUGCGGGACUACGUGGCCAAGGAGGCGGCGGGAAAUCCUCUGCUGCAGUUGAGACGCGUCGAGGAGAGGAGGUUCAGCGUCAUGUCGCUCGAGGAGCCGCCCAGAGUCUACGCCACCGGAGCCUUGCCGAGGUGGAGCAUGAAACUCGUGAGGGAGCCUUCGGACAAGAUAAGCGCGGACGUCAACGUCAACGCGGACUCCUUGAACCAGACGCGCAAUUGCAACGGACGAGCUAAUAAUCGUCAAACGCCCGAGCAUCCACAGCAAUUACCGAUCCAAAGGAAGCCUCUGUCCCGACCGAGAGAACUGAGCUUCAUCGGCCCGACCAACGUCCAGCCCAACGCGACUUACAUUCGCCGACUGGAGCACAAGGGCCUGCUACCGAUGCUCGACUCGAACAAUGGCAAGAGCUGCACGCUGCCGAUCCUCGCCUCCAAGGAGUCGCUCCUGUCGAGCAGAGUAGCCCCCAAGAGGACAAAGCUCGAUGUCUCGUCGAGCAAUGCGAUCGCGUGACGUUUGGCCGCUGUCGGCCCGGCGCCCUCGCUAGCCCAGACCAAUCAUAGAUAAUACUCUUAUUAUUUGCAGACCCACGUCUUGUUCCUCGUCCCAACUCCUACUGUAAUAAUAUUGUAUAACUGUAAAAAUAUUUAUCUAAUUUAUAUUAGAAAAUGCUUGUUUUUCGUAAUCAAUCAUAUCCUAAUGAUAAAUAAAUCAUGUGAUGACGUGUGAUUAACGUACAUUAUUCUGUGUAAAUAGUCUGCGCAGCAUUUUUUAUAGCAUAAUUCAAGUAUCUCCAAUUUCGCGAACCGUUCAGUUUUCGCUCAUUUACAAAGGAUCAAUAAUAUCAUUUUAAUUGAACAAUUUUCAAUUUUUCCUUCAAAGUAUCUUUGAAAUCAAAGUUACUAAAAAGUAUGAAUAGUUUAUACCUUAAAAAUCUCAGGCACGAUAUGUGAGAUAAAUCAUCAUUCUUUGAAAAAAUACUGCGCUUAUCAAGCCGAUUUUUAUUAUAGUUUAUGUAUGCAAAGAAAAAUUAUUGCAA